AUGUACCACAACAAUGUUGUUUGUGGCUCGGUGGAAGAUAUUAAGAAAUCGCUCGCUAACAGACCAAGCCAAAGCCUACUAGCUAAAGUGAAAACAAUGAGUUGGAUAUUGUACCAGAUUGUUUCUGAUGCAAUCAAUUUAUAUGAUUUUGAGAGAAUACAGUCAGAUUGCAGGGAAGUUACCUCUAGAUCUGGAGAAUCUACCAAACAUUCAAAGAAUGCUUCUUAG